AAAACAUCCGCCACAUAAAUAAAAAUUUUAUAGACAGUUGUCAAUUAUAUAUUUUUUAUAUCCCAUCAUGGAAGAAAAACCGUCAACCUCCGGUUUGGCCACAAAAACUACAACAAUAAGGCCCAAGUGUACGCAUCCCCCUGUCGCUACAAUGGUUAACAAGGCUAUCGAAGCUUUAAACACCAAAGGAGGCUCGUCAGUGAAGGCCAUCAAAAAAUAUAUGCAGGUUCAGUAUUUGGUUGAAGCUGAUAAGCUGACGCCCUUUAUUAAGAAAUAUUUAGCCAAGGCUGUGGAUAAUAACGUUUUAAUCCAAGCGAAAGGUAAAGGUUUGACUGGAUCCUACAAGCUAGUCGGUGAACGUAAAAAAGCGAACGCGACCAAAGUCCACGUAACCGCGUCCGAUGUGGCUACAAAUAAAGCAAAAUCGUCUUUAAAAACCCAGAAAUCGACCACUAAUAAACCAUCUGCAACAACAAUCAAGCAAAAACCUGUUGGUAUAGGGGCAACCAAGUCGAAAGCUCCUAAUUUAACCAAGUCAAGCUCCUCCAGCCAAAUCAAGCCAAAACCUGUUGGUAAAAGGGCGUCUCGUGAUAGCCUUGUCUUAGCGCGAAACAGGGAACAAACUUGAAUGAAUUUUGAAUGUGUUUCUUUUUUUAUUUUUAUUUUGUAUUAUCUAAUUAUCUAUUUCUAAUAAACUAGUUUCA